AAAAUAUGAUGAAAUAUGCUCAAGCACUUGGUGUUGUGGAGACGGAUGCUUUUGUACUUAUCGUUCUAAUGGUAUACCAGUUUGUGACUGCCCCACUGAAACAUCAUACAACACGAAAACGUUGGCGCCUUGGAGUGAGUGGUCAUGUUGCAGUCAUACAUGUGGUUCUGGUUUGAGGACGAGAAAGAGGAGUUGUAAGGGAUGUUGUUCUUAUUCAAUUUCAAAACUCGAAGAAACACGUUCCUGCAAUCUCGAGAAAUGUUCCGCUGUAAAUGGAGAAUGGUCAACAUGGUCAGUCUUUGAUAAGUGUAGCGUUAGUUGUGGACCUGGUAUUCAGAUGAGAAAGCGCACCUGUUCCAAUCCAGCUCCAAAUCAUGGCGGUCUUAACUGCUCUGGAAUUUCAACCGAAAUCAGACAAUGCAAUUUAAGAGAAUGUCCAGUAAAUGGGACAUGGAGUACGUGGGGAAGUUAUAGUACUUGUGACAAAUCAUGUGGUGGAGGUUGGAAAGUGAGAUUCAGAGACUGCUCCAAUCCUGCCCCUGCAAAUGGCGGUCUUCCAUGCUACGGAGACUCAGUACAACCAACGGGCUGUAAUAUGCUUCACUGCCCAGUUGAUGGAGGAUGGUCAUCAUGGUCAAAUGUCAGUCAGUGUAGUAGUAGUUGUGGCCAAGGUGUCCAAACUAGAUCUCGGACUUGUUCAAGCCCAUCUCCUGGCUUUGGAGGUCAACAAUGUUCAGGAAAUUCAAAGGAGAGUAAAAUUUGUAACCUCAGGACCUGUCCAGUUGAUGGAAAUUGGGGUCAGUGGAGUGACUUUCGUCCAUGUGACAUGACGUGUGGUGGUGGAUUUCAUAUGAGGAUGAGAGAAUGUAACAACCCACCGCCAUUACAAGGGGGAAUGGAUUGUCCUGGUCAGCGCUUACAGGCUGAGACAUGCAACACCAAACCAUGCCCAGAUGAGACGAAAACUACAAGAUCAUCAAGUGAUUCUUUGAUUGGAUAA